AGCCGUGCAACGGUUUCUCCGCAGUGACGCGCAAGCUGCCGGCGACGGCGUAGCCUACACCAGUCGAAUCGCCUGCGGGAGACACGUUUCCGUCCAAUAUAUUUUGUUAGACUUUUCUUUUUUUUUCGAAUCCUCGUUCCGACCGGUCCUUCGUUCUUUCGCGAGAUCCUCGGCCACGACCGGAUCGAUUUCGUAACGCCGUCGACCGCGUGUAUUGACCGGCUCCCGGUGGCCGUCGCCGCGCCAACAUUAAUCCGAAUCGAUAAUCCCGUAAUCUGGUCCGUCGUCGUCGUCGUCGUCGUUUGGAAAAACAAUCGGCCGCCUCUCUCGGGUCGGCAAAUCGUCAUCCCUUAUUUUCUCAUCGUUCACCAUCGUGUCCCGGUUCCUCUAUUUUUGUUCGUUCUCUCUCUGUAUUUGUCUCGGCGUUUUCACUCUGCCCGUCUCUCCCCCUCACCCCUCGUCGUCUCCGCACCGGCACCUGUUUCCACCGCGAACGGUCGAGCAAAGUUGAAAAGUUCGAGUCGGACGAAGGAGAUUAUUAAUCGAACGUGAGAAGGCCGCCAAAGGGUGGUUUUCCGGCGGUUUCCACGGAAUCGAUACGGCAUGUUCGAUACAGAGAAAUUUAUCGAGGAGAUAGAGAAGCGGCCCGCGAUUUACGACGUGAAUCGCAGCGAGUACAACGACCGUAACGCCAAGAUGACCGCGUGGGACGAGGUCUGCCAGGUGAUGGUACCGAAUUGGGCGCGCUUGACGGACGAGGAGAGAAACGUAGAAGAGAAGAAUCUGCGCGGCAAAUGGAGGAACAUACGCGACUACUUCAUGAAGGAGCUGAAGCUGCAGAAGUCGCAGAAACUGGGACCGUCCGGCCGGAAGCGGAAGAAGUACAUGUACUUCGAUCAGCUGCAGUUCCUUAUGCCGACGGUAGAGAACAAACGCAACGUCGGCCUAGGGCUGAACAAUUGCAAGUCCGAGGAGAGCGAGGGCGAGGUUGAUAAUCCGGUGAUCGAGGAGUACGACAUGCCGUUGACGCACGCCGCGCCCCCUAUAACGACCGCCAGGGAAUACCUCCAGCCGGGCGCGUCCUACAAAAUGUGUCCCCGUUACCCGAAGCAGCUCUGCGAGACGUCGUUCGCGUCCUUCGAUAACGAGAUCCACGACAUGCUGUCGUCGCACAGCAGCCAGCGGAUCGCCUACGACGAGGACGACUACGACAAAAUGUUCCUGCUCUCUCUAUUGCCUAUUAUACGACAAGUUCCCGACGAGAAGAAGCUGGACGUUAGGAUACAGAUACAACAGGUUCUGGCGCUGGCUAUACGCCCCCCGGACAACUAGCAACGAUAAAUGUAUUCUCUCUAAAUGUAUGUAUGUAUGUAUGCAUGUGCGCGCGUGGAAUGGCCGUGUGGUGGUGUUUCGUAAGACUUCUUGGACGCUGGCCGUGCAUUUCUUUUGUUUUUGUUUUUUUCUUUUUCGUCAGCGUGCAUUUUCGCGUUUGUUGUUGUUGAUCGAACACCACACGGGCGCCAACGUUACUCUCGAGUGCUGUAACACGAAUUAUACGUUGAUUCCGAUAAUUGCUUGAUAAUAAUAACUCUACAUAGGUCGCGAACUGUUCCGAGUUACCGAUACAGCGAUAACGCGCGUCCAUGAACACGCCGGACGGCAGCGUCGUUCUGCAACGGACCGAGCACGAUUCAUGGAUUUACACUUCGAGUACCUAUACCUGUGAUAUUACGCGACGGAGAUUCUUUCGACGAAUGGCAGACAUAGAGGAUAGAAAAUUUAUACGUAUACAUAUACAUAUAUAUAUAUAUAGAUAUAUAGAUAUAUUGUAUAUAUACGACGUGGCGAUGUACUGUAAACGGAAACGCGAUGCGGCCGGUCUUUGCGCGCAAGACCGGCACCAUGUAUUUUCGUAAAUUUGAAAUAAAUAUUAGUUAUAUUUUAUCGAUAAAACCGUCUCAUCGUGAAGGGUUAUGGAAAUCGUCGACCAGGAGAUACGUAUAACGUAUGAGGACAACGUCGCGCGCGACGUUACCGGCGGUCGAUAUCGCGUCGAUAACGCGUCGAUACGGCAUUCAUCUGCGUUGCGGGAGGCGCGACUAGGUGGCGCCACCGGUGCGUCGAAAUUUACGUUCAGCAAUUAUACGAACAGAACCGCAGCGCUUAAUUUAGGAAACCGAGAGUUUAACAGGAGAGAUCAGUUGAAUUUAAUUAAUGCGAUGCUUACGGACCACGUGUACAACGCUUCUCAUCGAUUACGUGUACUCGAUCAUUUUCCCGUCGAUUGUUUGUCAAUGUUUAAAUAAAACCGAUUACAACGGA